AUGGGUUUUGUUGGUUUUUUGACGUUUGGCUUUAAUCAAACUGCUUGUCCACCCGCACCCACAUCAAUUCAUGGUAAUGCUGUACCUCCUGGUUAUUUAAUCAUCGAUGGUUGGGCAUAUAUGCUUGCUGAUUGGGAUGGUCAUCCUUCUUUAGAUGGCAGUGGAAAUGAUACUAAUAUACUCUAUCCUCCCAUCAAUGGGAAUAGCAUGGAUGCUUCAUUUUUAUUUCCUAAAAAAAUUUCUGCAUGCGAUAAUAUUUUCAUUCCUCUUCAAGGAGAACAGCCAAAUUAUUUUCCUUGUGAACUGUUUAAUCCUAAUAAUACUCUUCCACCGUCAGUAUCACUUUUUACAAACAGAACUAAUUGCCAUGCAGGCGCAACAUCUACUGAAUUAUUAAACAUUUUUGCUACUAAAGGUGUCCCUGACAAAGACGGAACUUACGAUAAAAGAGCCAAAGUAUAUUAUGAUUAUAAUGAUGUUAAUACUACAAGUCAUCUUAUGAUAUAUAAUGGGCACGUAUUGAAUCUCAUCUUAUUAAAAUCUUUACCUCUAAAUUAUUAUAAAGUACCGUCUGGUGGAUUAGUAGAUCGAAUUUUAAAUGAUAUGGACAGUUUUGCAGGAAAGGAUAUGACAUACAUAAUUCGAUCAAAUAAUGGAUCUGAUAUAUCAUGGCAAGACGAGGCUGAAUGUUUAGCUCAGACUAUUCGUGUUGGGCAAAUUGACACAAUUUCAGUUGGUUGUAUGUUUUCGCAAAUUGUUCUGUAUAUUUCGCUUGUUGUUAUUUUAGGUGUCAUUAUUACCAAAUUCGUAUUAGCUGUCAUUUUUGGAUGGUUUUUGUCAUGGAGACUAGGAAAUUUUAAUGAGGAAAAAUCGUAUUCAGCAAGGAUGAAACGACAAGAGCAAAUUGAAAACUGGACACGUAAUAUUAAUACGCACGGCCCAGUCACUAACAUCCCUCAACCAACUCAAUAUACAGUGCCUCAUAAACGUACAUUAUUUUUCCCUAGUACUUCUAGAUUCACUCCUGUUGAAUAUGGACCGAAUCGAUUUAAUUUUGAUAAACAAUCUAUACCCGCUUGGAAAAUUAAUUCUAGUAGAACAGACUCAAUUAUUUCCGGCUCAUCUCCUUCCUAUUUGAAUGUACCUAGUCAUCGUGGAUCAACAACAUCAUUUUCUGGUAAUAAUAAUUAUCUCACCCGUGGUGUUACAUCUUUUUCUUGGGAUGGUAGAAGCAUAGAUUCUACUAAUAUGAAUAACUUUACCUGUAGUAAUCCUCCAUGCCCUUUUCCUCUUUCACCUUAUGUGAUUCCUAAACCACCACUUGAUUAUAUGCCAUUUAACUAUCCUCUUGUUUAUACUAUUUGCCUUGUUACCUGUUAUUCAGAAGGUGAAGAUGGUAUACGCACAACGUUAGAUUCAAUUGCCGUUAGUGAUUAUCCAAAGAGCCAUACAUUAUUGUUAGUCGUUUGUGAUGGCCUAAUUACAGGUAGUGGUGAAAGUAGGUCCACUCCCGAUAUUUGCAUUGGCAUGAUGCGUGAUUUGAUUGUUCCUGCUGACGAAGUUGAAGCCCAACCUUAUAUUGCUAUUGCAGAUGGAUCAAAAAGAAAUAAUUAUGCUAAAGUCUACGCUGGCUUUUAUAAGUAUAAUCAUGAGACUGUACCUCCUGACCAACAACAACGAGUCCCUAUGAUUACGAUUGUUAAAUGUGGUUCGCCUGAAGAAGCUGAUGCACCCAAGCCUGGUAAUCGUGGAAAAAGAGAUUCCCAGAUUAUUCUUAUGCAAUUCUUACAAAAAGUGAUAUUUGAUGAACGUAUGACGAGAAUGGAAUAUGAGUUCUUCAACGCUAUCUGGCGUAUUACUGGCGUACCUGCAGAUAAUUUUGAACUUUGUCUGAUGGUAGAUGCAGAUACGAAACUAUAUCCUGAUGCCCUUUCAAGAUUAAUUUCAGCUGCUGUUAAAGAUCCAGAGAUCUCUGGUCUCUGUGGUGAAACUAAAAUUGCAAAUAAAACAAAGAGUUGGGUUAGUAUGAUUCAAGUCUUUGAAUACUACAUUUCACAUCAUCAAGCAAAGGCAUUCGAAUCUAUUUUUGGCGGCGUAACUUGUUUGCCUGGUUGUUUCUGUAUGUACCGUAUUAAAGCUCCUAAGGGUCCUAAUGGUUACUGGGUCCCUAUUCUUGCGAACCCUGACAUCGUUGAGCAUUAUUCUGAGAAUAUAGUUGAUACAUUGCAUAGGAAGAAUUUAUUAUUGCUUGGUGAAGAUCGUUAUUUAACAACACUCAUGUUGCGUACUUUCCCUAAUCGUAAAAUGAUGUUUAUACCUCAAGCUGUUUGCAAGACUAUAGUGCCUGAUACUUUUAAAGUCUUAUUAUCUCAACGUCGUCGUUGGAUUAACUCGACUAUUCACAACUUAUUUGAAUUAUUACUUGUUAACGAUCUAUGUGGCACAUUUUGUUUUUCUAUGCAAUUUGUUGUCUUUAUGGAACUAGUCGGUACAUUAGCUUUACCUGCUGCUAUUUCUUUUACACUCUAUGUAGUUAUUAUCUCUAUUAUUGGUCCUCCUGCUACUCUGCCUUUGAUUUUACUUGCAUUAAUUUUAGGUUUACCUGCUGUAUUAAUUGCAAUGACAAGUCGUAAGUUUGUUUACAUUGGAUGGAUGCUAAUCUAUUUAGUCAGUUUACCCGUUUGGAAUUUUGUACUUCCUACAUAUGCUUACUGGCAUUUCGAUGAUUUUUCUUGGGGUGAUACUCGUAAAGUUGAGGGUGUUAAAAAGGAUAAAGGGCAUGGUGAUGAGGGUGGAAAGUUUGAUAGCAGCAUUUUUGUUAUGAAAAAAUGGAACGAAUAUGAAAUAGAAAGACGUACCAAGAUUGCAUAUGAAAAUAAUAUGCCUAUACCAAAAUUCGCGGAACGUCAUUUAAGUGUUGAUGUAUAUAAAGAAAAUGAAAUAUUCGAUGAUGGAACUAUAAGAAGAUACAGUGAUAUAUCUAAUGGAACUGCCAAUGUACCACUCACACAGGUAGAGCAUACUAUGAAUAGAUACUUUAACAAAGGCGAAUCAUCUACACCAAUUAGAGAUAUUCAUGACCAAGUUGAAUUAACUUAUAAGCCGGUGUCUCCUGCGGACAACACUAAUUUCAAUAUAGAGGAAGUUUUAAAUUCCAAUAAUAACAAUGAAAAUGAGAUAGAGAACCAUACACUUGGCUGGAUUCAACAAAAUGCAAAUGAUAAUAAUUGGGCUGAUCCUGCACCUCAUCAUAGAUAUUCCCAGUUUGAAGAUGAACAGCAACUUACAUCACCAGUAUAUAAAUUUGAAAAAAAAAAAAUGAUUAAUGAUAUAUGUAAAUAA